CUCCCCGUCCCUCUCCCGUCCCUCCCUGCAGCCCGGGUCCCGCUCUCUCCGCGCCGCAGGGUCCCCUCAUCCUCCCGGCUCCCUCCUCUCGGGUCGGAUUUACAUAGUGAUGUGUAAACUACAGGAUGCCCAGCAGCACUGGAAAGAGGUUUAAACCUACUAAAUACAUCCCUGUCUCCACAGCAGCUGCCUUAUUAGUGGGUUCGACUACUUUAUUUUUUGUUUUCACGUGCCCGUGGUUGACAAAAGCCAUCUCCCCAGCCAUCCCACUGUACAAUGGGCUCGUGUUCUUGUUUGUGCUGGCAAACUUCAGCAUGGCAACUUUCAUGGACCCUGGAGUUUUUCCAAGAGCAGAUGAAGAUGAAGAUAAGGAUGAUGACUUCCGAGCCCCACUCUACAAGAACGUGGAGAUUAAAGGCAUCCAAGUACGGAUGAAGUGGUGUGCCACCUGCCACUUCUACCGCCCCCCGCGCUGCUCCCACUGCAGCGUCUGCGACAACUGCGUCGAGGAUUUCGACCAUCACUGCCCAUGGGUCAACAACUGCAUAGGACGGAGGAACUACCGCUACUUUUUCCUCUUCCUGCUGUCCUUAAGCACACACAUGGUUGGAGUGUUCACCUUUGGGCUCAUCUUCGUGCUGAACCACAUGGAGAAGCUGGGAGCAGCUCAUACUACCAUUACAAUGGCUGUCAUGUGUGUGGCUGGCUUGUUCUUUAUUCCAGUCAUAGGGCUCACUGGCUUCCACAUUGUUCUCGUGGCCCGAGGGCGCACCACGAAUGAGCAGGUGACAGGCAAAUUCCGUGGAGGAGUGAAUCCUUUCACCCGAGGAUGCUGUGGAAAUGUGGAACAUGUGCUCUGCAGCCCCUUGGCUCCCAGGUAUGUAGUUGAGCCCAAGAAGAAGCAAGUUGUGAGUGUGAAGCCUCCUUUCCUCAGACCUGAUGUGUCUGAACGACAGAUCACAGUGAAGAUCAGCGACAAUGGGAUCCAAGCCAACCUCAACCGGAGCAAGUCUAAAAUUAGCCUGGAAGGUCUGGAGGAUAAAAGUAUGGAUGUGCAACCACCUCUACCACCCAAAGGAGAUCCAAGCAAGUACUCUGAACUAAAAGGGCAGCUGGGGACAAGUGAAGAAGGCAGCCUUUCACCCAAACUCAUCAGCCCUCCUACACCUGCCAUGUACAAGUAUCGACCGGCUUUCAGCAACAAUCCCAAAGUCCACUAUCAUGCUACAGCUGAGCAGAUCACCAUGCAAGAGGGACACAGCCAAGGGGCUCUAAUAGAAGAGGAUGGCAGGAGCCUUGAUUACCAGUCGGAACCCAGCCUGGACAUCCCCAGCUACCGAAAGAGCUCUCUCCAUAAGACCUAUCAGUCUUCCCCGCUCCAGAUAGAUUCCUUUGCCAUCAAUUCACGGUCUCUGAGCCUGAAAUCUGCUGGCAGGAGAGGGACAGAAAAAGUGCCCCUUCACCCAAUGAAGUCUGAAGGGGCAGCCUCCACCCCUUACAAAAGCAUCUUUUCUCCCAAUUCCCUGUCCAACAGGAACGGAAGUCUUUCCUAUGACAGUUUGCUAAACCCCAUGUCCCCCUCGGGGAGGAAGUGCAUCGCCCAUUCCGCCGUCAGCUCCGUCGGGUACCACUCCCCCUACCUGUCAGCCAAAAUGUGCCACCUGCGAGGGAGCGAGCUGCAGCGCCAACCGCCGCAGAGCUUCAGCCCCGUGCUGGGGGGGCCGGCCCCACAUCAGCGAGACCCCUCCCCAGUCCGCUACGAUAACCUUUCCAAAACCAUUAUGGCAUCCAUCCAGGAGAGGAAAGAGAUGGAAGAGAGGGAGAAGCUCCUCCACUCGCACCCUGACUCGGUGUUUGCAGACUCAGGUGUCUAUGACACCCCCAGCUCCUACAGCCUUCAGCAGGUCAGCACGCUCUCCGAAGACCCGCGCAGCAUGGCGAUGAGAUACGGAUCUAGAGACAAUCUGAUGGCUGCUGCCACUUUUAGCACAAGGAACCCUAUACUGCAGUCCUCAGUGUCUUCACUCUCAAGUGCAAUGACAAGAGCACCAAGGACUUCCACCACCUCUCUGCAAGCUGAUUUAGCCAAUAAUAAUGUCCAGUCCCAUCAAGCACUGCAGGGCAGGGUGAGCAAUGGCUCCUACAAAUCCCCAGGCCACCAGGUCCCAUCGUCCCCCCCAGGGCUGCCCAGGUCACCCUCAUACGCAGGCCCCAAGGCUGUCUCGUUUGUAAACACUGUGGAAAUUACAGAGGUGCAGUCAGUGGGAGCACAAAGGGAUGAUAUACAGUUGAAGACACCUCACAGUAAAAUAAAUGGACAGCCAAAAGGAAUAACCAGGUUGGGUUCAACAUCAAGUUCCCAAGGGACGCCUGUCAGCCCUGCUAGGCACUCAAACGUUAAGAAGGUAUCUGGAGUUGGUGGAACAACCUAUGAAAUUUCAGUGUAAAAUGAAAUGAAUUCAAACUAAAGAGCCAUCCACUCAGCCAGCCAUGAAGCUAGGAGCACUGUGAAGACUCAAAUAACAACAAAAGAAGGAGCAGCAGCAGCCGGCCACUCUCCUUUUCAUGUUUUGGGUUUGUCCUGUUUUCAUCUUUCUCUUUUGGCCAAAAAAGCAGCUGCAGCCUUAUUCUUGAAGGAAUAAAAUUGUACAGUCCAUCAGACUCUGCCCGACCCGACCGGUGGGAACUGACUGCAGCCUAACACCACAACCACAGAGCGGAUUCUUUCGUGCAAGAGAGCGCUGAAGCCGUUGUGCGUGUGUCUGUCCAACACACCCAUUGCGUGUCACUCGUGCUGUGAAGAAGUAUGGUCAGUCCAGGAUCAUUUGGUUUUUCACAUGCCCCUUCCCACUUCUUCUGGCUAGAAAAGUGUCCAGCAGGAAUCAGAGGCCCAGCUGCAUUUUCCUACCAACACAGAAAGCUGGCUUCCUGUGCCAGGCAGUCCACGGGUGCAAGAGCUGCUCUGUGUCCCCCGCUGCCUCCUCCUGGGAAGGAGCAAGACAAGGGCGCUUGGGCUGUGAAUGCUGUGUCAUCUUCAAAAGUCUCCCUCAUCACAGGUGAAGGCAGAAGAAGGGAUAGAAACAGCUUCUCACCGCCUGCCGUUCGCCUCCCUGCGUGGGAAGUGUGUGUGUGUGCACGCACGUACGCGUGUUCGUCUCUGCUGGAAAAGGACCGCAACACCAGUAAGGAUCUUCCACUCUGACCUCUUGCUCCCUCUGGUUUUUGAAGGCUUCUCUGACUCAGAAAACAAACCCAAGCAGAUAAGAAAAGAAAUGUUUGGAUGGGAACAUAUUUUAAACAGCUGUCGGCUGCUUUCCCUGCACCCUCCUUAUUACCUGUUGGAUUUAGGCAAUAACCUGGUUUACUGCCUUGCCCUGGUGCCGCCUGUGUCAUCCUGCAGCAAGGUUAUCACAAGCUGUUGCAUUUACAGUGUGUGUAACUGAGCCAAGAGUACAUCUAAUGGAUAUCAGUUUUCUCUCUGCCUAAUUACUAGCACAUUCCCUCUGGUCUUCAGUACUGUUAGACAAAGGAUUUUCCGUUUGGGUUUUUUUUUCCCCCCUGGGGAACAACUUUUUAAAGUAAUACCAAUCAAAGCUGUUUAACAUUCUGAGGUUUCCUCUUCUUGUCUCCAGAAAACUACAUUUACUUUGUUGGAUUUAAAGACAAUUUUACUAUAAACAAAAAAAAAACCAAAAGAAAGGGGUGCAUUACAUUUGUCACAAAUAUGAAGACUCCAAUUUUGGGACAAAUGGAUAUUAUUUUUCUUUCCUCCAUUCUUUUAUCUUCUUUUCCUUCCCCUUCGGUUAGGAUCUCAGAAGUCAAGAGUACUGAGAGCUGGACCAAUGCUAAACAGACAGAUCAUGUGUAUAGUUAAGAAUAUCCUGAUUGCCAAAAUCACUAAAAAUGUUGCUCUGUUGCUGAGCCAAUCAGCAUCAAAACCUCAACUUCCCACCUGGUUCUCUUGGUGAAUAGUUUUGACUAGAGAGCUAUAUUCAUCUUGUCUUUUUUUUUUCCCUCCCACCAGGAUAUUUGUUUCAAGGGGUUGAAUCCUUUUCAGCCCUUGACUCUAAUGGAGAGCUCUCCAGAUAUUUGGUAACAAUUCAGAACAUCUUGAUAACAUCUUGUUUGUUUUCAUGUAUGUUGAGAUUAAUUAUUCCAGAAGGCAAAAUACUGAUCUGAUUUUUGCCUGGUUAAAAUUUCUCUUUUGAUUUGAUAAGUCUUGACAUCUGCUGCAAUACAUGCUUAUUAUGGCCCUUGUAUAUCAGGUCAGGUUUUAGAUAGACAGGAUGAAGAGACCAUAAGAAAGUUAAUAAUCUCUCUGUGCUAUGCUCUCUGUGGCCUGAAGGGAGAAACCUGGAAAGCAGUGCAGCUUUGAGAGGGUGAACUAGAAAGCAGUGUGCAUCUUAUUGCCUUGAUGGUAUUCUAAAUGCCCAGUGCAGGGACAUGGCAGAGCAGAGAAGCAAAAGUCUUUCUAUGCAGAUUUGCUCACUGGCAUGUAGAAUGUUGUCUGUAGUUGGAGGCACCACAGUAUCACAAAGAUACUGGCACACUGGAUCAGGUAUAGAUGGAGCAAUACAUAUUAAAAGACUGGAUGGACUGGCUGAGGAGAAGGCUUAAAGGGCUAAAAAUAUGUCAGUGGCAGAGCAAUGAAGUGGAAAUUGAGUAUGAAAACUUGACUAGUAUGUUAGUUACAAGAUGUUAAACCAAAGGUAAAUCAAGGGAUUGUCACUGGUAACCAACAGUCUGCCUUUGGAAAGGGGCAGAAAAGGUGGAGGGGAAGAGGCAGUGGAACAGUCUGCAGAGGCAGAGUAUUGGAGACUGUUGAGGGGAGUCUGACUGUGACUGGACAAGUCAUUAACAGCAAUUCUGUAAGAGGUGAGCCUGCAGAGGCCAGGGGCUAGACCAGAUGGCCUUACAGAUUUCUUCCAUCUUUAACUGUUAUUAAUCUGCACCUGUCCCCUGAUGUUAACUCCUCAGGAAGGUGCAACACUUCCUCAAGGACUGGAAUUCACUCUGGUGCAUAGAGUAUCACAAGACUUACUUGUUUUCUAAGUAUCACAUAUGCCAUGUGGAAAGCCCUGGAAAAGAGGGGAUAUGGGACACACUGACUUUGGGCUGAAGAGCUAGACAAGGGCACAUUUUAUCAUGUAUCUUUGAAUAUGUACAUGAAAUUCAUGCAAGCAGGCUGAAAAUUUGCACCAUUGUAAUAUUUGAGAUUUGCAUCCCAGUGGUGCUCCACUUUGAUUGUUCUUUUCUCCUGGCAUUUAUAAACAAAAAAAAGCUACUGAGGAACUUGAAGGGCCAAGGAGCCUUUGAAGUUAACUACAUUAGUUCAUGAGAGAAUUUCUCAGUAAGACUAAACACAGUACUGUGUGUAUGAAGCACUAAUAUCCAGGGUUAUUUUGACAUAGUUCACAGGGGGUAAGGGAGAUGGAAUGAAUGCACUGUGUCAUUACAGCUUCAGAUGUAAGGGUUCUAUAUUUUGUGAGUAGUUUUGCCCACAGAUGGGAGAUGUUCAGCUUGUUAAUAGGUUUACAAUGGUACCAAAGUCUUUUAUUUUCUUUUCCUUUUGAGGUUUGCAUAUAAUUCAGUGCACAUAGCCUAGAGUAAAUUAUUCAACCCUUCUGAAAGAAUAAUCUAAGCAGAACUGUUAACAGGAGAUUGCAUGCAGCAAAUCCAGCCUCAUUUCCAUCCAAGGCACUGAACCUGCAGCUAUUUACUCAUCAAUGUAAGUGUCUGUUUCCAUAUCUCCUGUCGUGGGGCUGGGGGACCUAUUUUUUAAGCCUAAUUUUUGGAGCAGAAUCCAGCCUGUGCUAAUAUUUAAUUCAUCAAGAGCUUACAAAUUAGCAGUAAGGUUCUUCUGCCCAGGCAGUCUCCUUUUUCACAGACACUGCAGGCCAAAUCUUCAGCUGGUGUAAAUUGGUGCAGCUCCAUCAAAGCUCAUUGAAGUGAUGCUAAUUUACAGUAGGUGGGGAUCGGCCGUGGAAAUCCAGCGCAAGUUAACACACCUUGUAAAGCAGCUUCUUUCUUUUGUUCUUUGGGCAAGUUUAUUUCAUGUUUCAGAAGUCUUACAUCUUGUUAACCUUUUUUUUUUCCCCUUCCCCAAUUUGUUAGCUGUGGAUUGUAUUAUUUAAACAAGAGCAAUAGUUUUUGUUUAGUUCAUGCAUCAGUUUUUCUUGCGUACUGCAUCUUCUUGGCCCUUCGGUCCCUGUCCAUGCAGUCCCAUUUAGCCUCCAGGUUUUCAUUGUAGUACAAUCUGCCUUGGAAAGUUGGAUCUCUGUAUUUUUAAGUGUAGAAUAUACUGAGUAUUAUGAAUUUAAAUGUACCUUACUACAUGGGUGGGAGAGAGAGGAAAUAUUUUUACUUGAAGCCUUAAUAUUUUCUUCUUUUGUUGAUGUUGUUGUUGCUGUUGGGCUUUUCUUUUUUACUCUUUUGUUUGUUGACCUCAUAGGAAAGUCUGAAUAGGAAAGACUUUGAAACUCUGGGCCAAAUACUGCACUGAUACACAACCAGCAUUUGGCCCCUCUAUGUCAAAACUGGAUGCAGACAUAACCUGAAGUGUACAAGGGGGAAAAAAAAAGCCUCAGGGUGGCAUAUUUUCCUGAAGGUCACGAUCGGAGUCUCCAAACGUGUCUGUAAGCAAGGACAUUAAAGGAGUCUUCAAGUCUUGAGUUUUUAAGACAGGUGAUAGCAGAGACUGCUCUAAUCUCUUCCAUUUGCUUUCUCAAAUCAAACAGAACACAGGUAACUACUCAGUCUGGUUCCAGCCAGCUGGAAGGGUUGCACAGAGCUGCGUGUUAGUAGCCACGUGCAGCGAACGAACUGUGUGGUGCUGUUGCUGUUCUCACAUUGCUCACCAAGCAUCGUGUCCUGUCAACCUGGCCUCAGAUAAUCACCUCCCAGGCGUUACAAGGGACCCUCCUCAGAUGAUGCCUGUUCUCCUAGAAGCCUAAUGUGGAAAUUGCAACGUGGUUCUUUAUUUUUUUUCUUAGGACUCUAUCUGUGGUCCAGACUAGAGCUAUAGAUAUAUAGAUAUAUAUAUAUUCAGGUUUGGGAUUUUUGGUUUGGGGUUUUAUUUUUGGUGUGUGUGUGUGUGGGAAAGCUGGGGUCAAGGUUGCUGUCUCUGACAGUCUGGAAAAGUUAAUGUCGAGCCGUUUUUAUGGUCUGUAUUUCACCUGUUCUGCCACCUUGAAUUGUUGGAAUGUAUCUGUGCAGGCUUUGUGGAGCUCUGUCUGUAACCUUUUUUGUGGCUCUCGUAAUACAUAUAUAUUUUUUAAA